UUUUUUUUUGUAUUUCCUUUUUUUAUUUAGCUUUACUAUGAUGCUAUCGAAUACAACCAAACGCUUUUUUAAUAAAACUGUAUCUAAAAUAUCUUUUAAUCCUUUUAUAACCAAACAUAAAAUAUCUUCAGUUAAUAUACCACCACCACAACCAAAAUUAUCAAAGACAAGGCAAUUUAUAAAGAAAUAUGGCUAUGUAGGCUUAAGUGUUUAUUUAAUAAUAGGCGCCAUUGACUUGAGUACAACAAUGGCUGUUAUUAGUAUCAAGGGAGCUGAUCGUGUAAAAGAAGCAGAACACUAUGUGACAAACAAAGUUAAAAAUUGGAUUGGUUUAUCAACAGUUGGUAAAAAAAAUAAUCAUGAACUAAUUCAACAACAGACAAAGCCUUCUCUUACUUCUAUCUUUGUUAUUGCUUAUGGUAUACAUAAAACAAUUCUUUUACCCUUACGAUUAUCUUUGACUGCUGCUAUUACCCCAGCUGUCGUUAGAAAGUUAACUCGUCUUGGCUGGCUCUCUAUUAGUAAAAAAUAAAAAAAUAUCAACUCGUUAUAAAUACAUAUUUAAGCAGUCUUUAUUUUUUUUUUAU